AAAAAUAGAUUCUGUUCUUAUAAAAACUCACCCAUUUUGGUUUGAGCCAUUUCAAUCCUCCACCUCUUUCCCAAACCUUGUCGGCCCUAUCUCUAAAGCGAUCAUGGCGGUAAGCAACCGCAUAACAGCGAUUCUGAACUUCGUAAUCUUCCUAAGUUCCAUCCCCGUCAUAGCCGCCGGAAUCUGGCUUGCCUCUAAGCCCGACAACGAGUGUGUCCAGCUUCUCCGGUGGCCGGUUGUGGUUCUCGGUGGCCUCCUCCUCCUCGUCUCUCUUGUCGGCUUCGUCGGCGCCUACUGCAACCGCCCUGGUUUCUUGGCUGUCUACCUCUUCUGCAUGGCCCUCCUCAUCCUCCUCCUUCUCAUUCUCCUUGUCAUCGCCUUCACCGUCACCCGCCCCGACGGCAGCCAUCCCGUCGCCGGUACCCGGUUCCAGGAGUAUCGCCUCGACGGUUACUCCUCAUGGCUCCGAAACCACGUCACUAGCUCCGGAAGCUGGCAGAACGUGCGUACCUGUUUGGCUGUUUCCGAUGUCUGUCCGAAGCUGGACCGGCAGUUUUCCUCGGCCCACCAGUUUUUCGCGGCGGAUAUUUCCCCACUUCAGUCAGGCUGCUGCAAACCGCCGCCGGCGUGCGGAUACACUUACGAGACCCCGACGACAUGGAUAAACCCGGACAACCCGACGUCCGACCCGGAUUGCUUGAUGUGGAGCAACGAGAGGACCCGACUCUGUUACGAUUGCAGCGGCUGCAAGGCAGGGCUGCUCGGAAACCUCCGCCAGGAGUGGCGGAAGGCAAACGCCGUUCUCAUCGUCGCGGUGGUGGUUCUGAUUUUCGUGUAUCUCGUCGCCUGCGCCGCCUAUAAGAAUGCGCAAAUCCAGAAUAUCUCUGUUCGGUAUAAACAUGGGUGGAUUUGAGUUUACCCCACAUCCAAACGCUCCCCAUUCUCCCUUCAAUUGAAUGCUUAUGUAUGUUGUUUUAUCUUGUAAUCUUUUAAUUAACUUAUAAUAU